UGUACUGAGGAGUUUGAUUCAGUCACAAAUGUAUUAAAAAUUGUGUAAAUUGUUUCAAAAUGGAAUUUAAAUUAGUUUUUAUUAUUAUCUCAGUUUUUAUUUUUAAUGUUUACGGCUAUGUUAACAUGGUGUACGAUCGCAACAAAAUGUUUGAUCCCCAAAUGUACGAAGAUGUGUUGGAUCGUGAAUUAUGCAGUCAACAGAUUAGACAUAUCUUGAGAAGAGAUGUUACACUAUUGGUGCGAUUUUUGGAUGCUGGGUUCAGGAUACCACGUAGUAUACAAAAAGGGAAUUUAUUCGAUUUAGGCAGUUAUUAUGAAUGUUUAGAUAUAGGGAAGCAAGUAGAAAAUAUGACUGUAGAAGGAAAAUUCUGCAUGAUGAAGAUACCAUUAGAUCAGGAUGAUGAAUUAGAAAAUCUUCAAAUACGACCAGAAUUUUCAGACGUAUUAUCACUGUCACAUUUUGAUACUGCAAUGCUGGAUAUUGACAAUAUCCCACAAAAAGAUCUGACAUCGCAAAUAAGAAUAAAAGAGCAAGCUCAAAGAUUGGCAGGAGCAACACCAGAUCUUAAACCAAGAAAUGACCAAACAGCUCUCACCGAAUUGAGUAUAAAUAUGGCAGUGUGCCUUCCGAAGACAUGUUCUUUGAAAAAUGUUUUGGAUACUGUUACAGUACUUCCACCAAGGGGAGUUAAAUUUGAAGAAGCAUUUUGUAGAAUUCCUAAUGACAAACCAUGGACAACUGUAGAUUGGGUUGCUUUUGGUAUUUUUACAUUUAUUGGUCUCCUUCUGGUAUUGAGUACAGCUUACGAUAUAAACCACCAAGUAAUCAACAAAAGAGAUGUCAAAAAGGCGAAUAAAUUGUACCUGUCCUUUUCCGUUUAUACCAAUACAAAUCGAUUAGUGACUUAUAAACCAGUGCCUGGAGCUCUAGAGUGUUUGGAUGGCAUUAGAGCAAUUGCAAUGAUAUGGGUCAUCAUCGGACAUACAUAUGUAAAUCAACUGACGUCAGCUGUAGUACAUAAUCCGCUGGAUAUUAAAGAGUUUUUAGAAUCGUUUUGGUCAUUGUGGAUAACAGCUGGUCCAAUUACCGUAGACACCUUCUUCGCGCUUAGCGGUCUCCUAUUGAUUUAUAGUACAGCAGGCAAAAUGACAGGAAUGAAACUCGUGAAAAAUCUUCAUCUGUUCUAUUUAAAUCGGUAUCUUCGGCUAUUUCCUGUACUGGCUGCCUGCGUUCUUCUACAAGCAUCGCUAUUCCAUCGUGUAUCAGACGGACCCGCUUGGGACGAAAUUGGUAGACAAACUCACCAUUGCAGAGAAUAUUGGUGGACAACAUUACUGUACAUGCAGAAUUACUAUAACCCCGGUUACAUGUGUCUUCCACAUUCCUGGUAUCUUGCGAUAGAUUUUCAACUCUUCUUGAUAUGUCCUCUUAUUCUAUUCUUUGUGGUCAGCGGCAAAAAACGUACAGCUUGGAUUACAUUAACCACCGCACUACUACUUUCACUCGCUGGAGGUACUACAUUUAACUUCUUAAUGGGAUUCAAAGGUGGACCUGUGACACUGAGCCCACUGAAAGAAGGCCAGCCAGAUUACUUCAGUUAUUACUACGUGAACACGCUGCCAAGGUCACCGCCAUUCUUUGUGGGGAUGAUAUUUGGAUAUAUUCUACAUCUUUGCCGUGGAAAAAAUAUAGUUUUGCCAAAAAUACAAGUUGCCUUCUAUUGGUUACUCGCUAUAAUUCUAUCAUCAGGAGCAAUGAUAUGUAAUUAUUUUAUUAUUCAAGAAGACUUCGAUAAUCAAACUGUCAACGACUUAGUUAAUUCUUUCAUGAGACCAGUUUGGGCUUUGAGUAUUUGCUGGAUGAUCUUCGCUUGUGUGCAUGGAUAUGCAGGUCCCAUUAACUGGGUGCUAUCUCACGCCAUGUGGAAGGUACUGGCAAGAUUGUCCUAUGCCAUGUAUCUUUUCCAUUAUCCACUUAUAAUCGUCGUGAAUGCAACCACAAUAAGUCCUAUUUAUUUCUCUGAUGAAGUAUCAAUAAAAAGGUUUAUGACUGAUUUUACAAUAGCUGUCUUGGCUGCAUUUACAAUCACGUUGUUCGUAGACUCGCCGUUCUCUGUUUUGAUUAAGCAUUUCAUGGGAGGAGGAGGCAAAAGAUCAGCACCUGCAAAACCAGUGGAGGGCGCUGCUCCAUCAGCAGCGAACCACGUGGAAUCACCAGCUGAUAAUAUUGAUAAAACUCAGUUAUAGGUUAUAUAAUAAAGCUUAAAUUGUUUUUUAUCUGAACUACAUUUUAUAUGUAGUAGAAUUUAUCAAAACAAGGAAAACUCCUCUGAUAACUUUAACUUACAACGAGGUACAGGAUCUAGUCAUAAAAAGUCAAAUACCUUGAUCACAGAGAGUUUUACACAAAGAUAUCGUAACUAUUACAAAUAAAAUUAAUUCUAC